AUGAAUUUAGGAGGAAGUAAUAGAACAACAAGUAAAAAAGAGAUUACAGAUAUUAGUAUUAGACAAAAUGUAUAUUUAUCAGAAGAACAAAAAAAAGAGAAAUUAGAAACAUGUUCAAAAUUAAUACAAUAUACUAGAUUAGGAUUAAUUGAUGGUAUAAUUAAAGCAUUACAAGAUGGAGCAGCAAUAGAUUAUAAAACCAAUGGAUUAUCAGCUAUUGGAUAUGCAUGUUUCUAUGGAAAAAGUGAAAUUGUUCGUUGGUUAAUUGAUAAUGGUAAAUGUGAUAUUGAAAUUAAUUCAACGGCCACUGAGAUCACACCAUUAGGUAUAUCAAUUCAAAAGGGUGAUUUAAGAUCAGUUGAAAUUCUACUACAACGUGGUGCAAAUACAUUGGCAAAGGAUAAAGAUGGAUUACCAAUACUUUAUCAUGCUUUAGCAAGUAAGAAUUUAGAAAUCGUUAAAAAACUCAUUGAAACCGAUACUAUAGAUAUGGAGGAGAAGUUCCCUGAAUAUGUCGAAGAUCAAUCAAAUCAAAAUUCAACAACAAAUAAUCCAAGUCACAAUACAAAUACAUUCAUACAUUUAGCUGCAAUUUCAUCACCUCAAAUCGUUGAAUAUUUAACUUCAACUUGUGGUCUAUCUUUAGAAUCUAUAAAUUCACUUGGUAGAACUAUAUUACAUAGAGCAAUUAUGUUUAAAAAUUUUGAACUUGUUAAAUAUUUAUCAACAAAAGAAACUUUAAUUAAUAUUCAAGAUAAUAAGGGAUAUACAGCACUUCAUUAUGCAGCAUUUUAUAAUUUAUUAGAGUGUGUAAAAUUUUUAAAAAAUAAUGGUGCAUCAUUAGAAUUAAGAGAGAAUACAGGUAAAACACCAUUAAAUAUGGCAAGAUUAAGAAAUUUAACACAUGUUAUAUUAGUAUUAGAGGGUUUUGAUCAUGAUAAUAAAGAAUUUAUUGAAGGAACAGAAAUAUCAUUAAAACCAAAAAAAAAACUUAAAAAAGAAAUUAUUGAUAGUGAUAGUAGUAGUAGUAGUAGUGAUGAUGAUAAUAAUAAUAAUAAAAAGGAAAAAAAAAAGAAAAUUAAAAAUGAAACAAAAAUAAAAAGAGCUAGAAAAAAGAAAACUGAUGAAGAGAAACAAGCAGAUAAAGAAAAAAAAGAAAAAAUUAAAAAAGAUAAACAAGUAAAAACCAAUACUAGUAAAAAAAAGGUUUCUCAAACUAAAAAAGACCCAUUACUUGAUGAAAAUGGUAAUACCAUUGAUAAUACAUCUGAUAUUGAUGAAUCACAAUUAGAACAGGAAUUUAAAAUUGAUACCAAAAUAAAGAAAUCUAAAAAAUCAUCAUCAUCAUCAUCAUCAAAAUCUAAAUCUAAAUCAUCAAAAAAAUUAAAAGAAGAUUCAGAGAUUGUUAAAGAAAAUGAAGAUACUAAAGAAAAUGGAGAUGAUGAUAAUAAUGAAAAUGAAAUUCAAUUACCAUUGCCAAUCGGUCAAGUUCCAAAAAGAGGUAGACCACCUAAAAGUAAACCAAUUAAAUCUUUACCAAAAAAAACAAAAAAGAAACAAACUAGAUCAAAAGAUGAACAAUCAUCAGAUGAAGAAUUUGAAGAUUUAUCACAAGAAGAAUCAGAGAAUCAAACAACAUCAUCAUCAUCGUCAACAGGAACAGGAACUACUUUACCACAGCUAAUAACACCAAUAAGAUCACAAAGGAAUAGAGUUUCAUUAUUUGAUUUAAGUGGUACUUCUAUGAUUAACAGUGAUUCAGAACAAUCUGAACCAAAUGAUGACUCUGAUAAUGAAAAAGUAAUUAAAAAAAGAGUUAGAUCUGAAUCAAAACAAAAUACUAGUGAUAUUGAUAGUGGUAGCAGUAGUGAUAGUUAUUCAGAAAUUGAAACUAGUGAUUCAGAAACUAAAGAUAAUUAUGAUAGUGAUGAUGAAUAUUCUAGAUUAGGUUUAAAAAGAGUUAAGAAAUCUAAUUCUAAUAAAGUAACAAAAAAGAAUUCAGAGAAUAAUGAUGAAGAAGCAGCCUUAAAUCAAUUUAGAAUUACAAAACCAAAUGAUAAUGAUAAUGAUAAUGAUAAUAAUAACAAUAAUAAUAAUGAUAAUAAUAAAACCACUACCACUACCACCACCACAACUACAACUACAACAACACCUUCAACAAAACCUUUAUCAAAAAGGGGAAGACCUAAAAAAGUCAUUCAAAACCUUAAUGAUGAUGAUGAUGAUGAUGAUGAUAAUGAUGAUAAUGAGGAUCCAAUUACAUCAACCAAAACAGGCACCAAUAGUGAUGAUAAUACUGGCUUUAGUGUAUCUUCAAAAGGAAGAACAAUAAGACCUCCUCCAACUUUAUCAACACCACAAAAACCAACAAGACCACAUACAAAAAAUACUCCUAAAGUUACUGAGAAUGUGAAAAUGAGUGAAAAUGAAGUAAAGGAAAAUGAAAAUAAAGAAAAAGAAAAUAAUAAAGAACCUGGAAAAGAAAUAGAAAAUGAAAAAGAAAAAGAAAAAGAAAAUGGAAAUGAAAAUGUAAAUGAAAAAGAAAAUGAAAAUGGAGCCAAGGAUAAAGAGAUUGAAAAAGAAACUGAAAAAGAAAAUGAAAAAGAAAAUGAAGUAAAGGAUAAGGAAAUUGAAAAAGAAAUUGAAAAUUUUGACGAAAAUUUUAGUGAUAUAAUUUUUGUUGAAAACCCUUCAAUCUUAUCAAUAUCCGAAAAUAAUAAUAAUAAUAGUAAUUAA